AUGAGCCCAACACUUGUGUACCCUGCCCCAUCUGGCCCGCUCAAGCUGGAACAUCUCCCUGUCGACAUUGGUUGGACAUCGUUGAGUACAAGGUACUCCUCCUUCCCAUCCCCAGAUAUCGAAUGGGACCCAAGUCUAGACACGCACCUCGAGCGGGUCAAGAGACUGGCGAGCCUUGGAGAGGCUCUGCCACGCACACUGCCUCUCGGAUUCCCCGCAUCCAUCCCCUCUCCUCGUGCUUGGAAAGGCUCUGAGUUUGAGGACGGCUCCAAGUACAUCUACGAGCUUUGCAAAGAUGACUUGGACGAGAUUGAUGCUGCAAUCCGCACAUUCUCGGAUCAAUUCAACGAUGCUGUCCACCCUGACCCGGACCAAUUGACCCCAACAACCUUCCCUCUACCGAGGUUAGGAAGGAAGUUAGAGCAACUGUCCAACAUCAUCCACUUCGGACAAGGUUUCUUUGUGGUCCGCGGCCUUGAUCCGCAUCGCUACUCGCCUUCAGAGCGGGUGCUGGCCUACGCCGGCAUCACCAGCUACGUCGGCAGCACCAGAGCGUGUCAGGAUGCGGGAGGCAGCAAACUCAUUCACAUCAAGGACAGAGGCAUGGCCUUUCCUGGGGCUGAGAUGAGGCAAGCCCCCUAUUCCAACGUUGCGCAGCCAUUCCACACGGAUGUAUGUGACAUCUUGGCUAUGUAUGUCCAGGAACUCGCGGCAGAAGGCGGCUAUUUCCAGCUCGCCUCUUCGGGCCAGGUCUACAACGACAUCGCCGCAAGUCGGCCAGACGUCAUCCAGGCACUCGCGGCCAACGAGUGGAUCUUCGACAAAUUUUCCAAGAACCUAGCUUGGGACGUGCGGCCGAUCCUGCUGCCAUUCGGCCCCCACGGGCCAUCCUUCUUCUUCUCGCGCCGGCCCUUGACAGGAUCUCUCGUGUCGCCCCGCACCCAGGGCGUGCCGCCCAUGACGGAGCGGCAGGCCGAGGCGCUGGACAUGGUCCACUUCUCGGCUGCGAAGCACCAGCUGCGCCUCGAUGCGCAGAAAGGCGACGUGAUCCUGGUCAACAACCUGGCCGUGAUGCACGCGCGGACCACCUUCACCGACGGCGUCCCAGGGAAAGGCGCCGGCCGCCAUGUGAUGCGCAUGUGGCUGCGCAACGACGAGCUGGCGUGGCCCAAGCCCGACAUCGUCAAGCCAAUCUUUGAUCUGAAGUACUCGCCCGACUCGCCUUGGUGCGGAAAGCCCGUGUGGCAUCUCGAGCCGCCGACGCUGCCAGAACGGAUGUUGGCAAGGAAGUUUUCUUGUUCUUAG